AUGUCAGGUGGAGGAAGGAGGUCCCCCGGGGCGAUGUGUGGGCGGUCAAGAGAAAGAUUGCAGAGGGGAGCCUUGCGGGAUCUCAUAACGUGGGGGGAUCUCGCGACAUCUUCCAAGGCAACGGGUGUGUCAUAGUAAAGAGGAGGGAACGGAAUCUCGCGAGAUCUCGUAACGCGGCAGUCACGCCUAUAUUCGCCCCGUGGAGUUCCUGGAUAAGAAUUUAUAUAAUUUUGUAAGGAUUCAUAUUCAUACAAUACAGCUUCUGAUUCAAAUAGAAUCAGACCUGAGGCAUCAAACAUAGACUACGAUCUUGCCAGUGCUGCGGAAAAAAAAUUCUUUCUGCCAUGUCAUAUUUCUGGUGUACUAUAUCAGGUACAUUGAAUCUUUUUCACUUGCCUUGGAAGUUGUUGUUGGAGAAGGGAGACCAGCUGUCCCAGCUGCCAGCAGAGGGUUUGGGAUUGAGAGUAUGGUCGGGAGUAGAAAGAAGCUCAUCUGCGCUGGCACCACAGAGACAGUGGCUAUGGAUGAAGAGAGCCAGAUGAUUUCCACUGGAUUUUCCCCUGCCGUUGCCCAUGGGAGAAAACAACAUCGAUUGAUACCACCCAAGGCUGUUUGAACUGCUUGCCCUACUUGUGCUGAUGAACUCCAGAAGCAGUCGUUGCAGGAAUUAUGUUUGUAGUGGCCAGGCAGCAAAACCUCUUGAGGAUCCGUGGCCUAAUGGGAUGGAAUCUCCAACUUCUCCCAGGAAGUAGAUGGCACAGUUUCAUUCUUUGUUCUCUCCCUUUUUCUCAGAAAAAAAAAAUAAAUGAGAAGGAAGCUCCAGCAGCUGUAACUUGUAAAGUUUCUCGUUGUAUGUGUGGGUUAUUUCCAUGAUGGAACUGAAGCCUUGCUUCCAGGUUCUGAAUCUACAAUGAGGCAUGAACCAGAAAAUAUGCAGUUUGGCUUGGAGAAUCCCAGGCUGAUAGUUAAGAAAAACAUUGUUUUAUUUAUAAAAGGAGCAGGGCUGAGAUGAUGUUCUCUUUGAGAGGCAACAAGCAAGGAACCCUAAGGUGAAAUUUAUACUGAGUCCUAUAGUUUGAAGGGUAUUUUAAAUCUAUAAAAACAAGAAUAGUCAUAGGAAGUUUUAUAGUUCUUUAAACAGCUUCGUAGGAGGCAUUGCUGAAAUGGGAAGGAAUUAUUAGGUAUGUUAAUCUCUAUUUCCUUCACAUUUUGGUUGUAAAAUAUGGGGGGAGAAAAUGUUAAAAGAAUGUUGGGACACACUGUUGCAUUUUUCACUUGCUCUGAACACUGCUGACCAGAAGUGUACGCUGUGUUAGAAUUCAUCAUAUUAACAUACCUGUAAAUAGAUGCACAAUACAAUUUGCCUCUGUUUUACCAAAUUAACUAAAUGGGUAAAUGGGAUUUUGAUUUUUUUGGUGAUUUGAAGAGAAAUGGUUCUUUGGGACAAGAUGGGUGUGCACUUUUCAGCUGCGAAGAACUUCUUCAACGGAGCUAAACAAAUGUGCAUCUUGCUGCUAGUUUUUGGUUUUCACUUGAGUGAUCAAGUGCUUCAUUAAGUAGAAAGUGAUUUUCAUGAGCCAUUUUGUGACUUUCAGUCCUCUUGAUAUCAAACUUUGGACUCGGAAAAUGGAGAGCUUUGAUCUGUUGAGGAAUUGUUUGGUGUGCAAAUGGGAACUAAAGGGAAGAGACCCCAGAUUGCUUCCUUGUCUUCAUUCCUUUUGCAAGGACUGCCUUCCAGAUUUGAUUCAAGGAUACAGAUACACUCCCACAGAGAAGGAAAUUCUCUAUGAAGGUAUACUCUCUUGUCCUGUGUGCAAGCAGCCAUGUUUUGCAAAGGAUGUAGCUGAAAAUUACUUUCUGAAGGACUUUCCCACAGCAAAUCCAGCUAUGGCAAGGAGCUGCUCUGUCUGUAAAGAGAAGAGGCCAGCUCACAGCCUUUGUACUACCUGCAAUAAGUGGCUGUGCAGUUCAUGUACAGAGGAACACAGGCAUGGCAAGGAAACUGGAGAUCAUUUCCUGUCUGUAUCCCUGAAGAGCUGUUCAGGCUUGCACUUCCACAAAGAGACUGUCCACUCUGCAGCACAGAGACCAUCCUCACAUCUCUCAUCUACCAUGGCUUUUGACAUUUCCUCUGCAAGGGAUGAAGUUUUCCUCAAAAGAGGAACUGAAGGGGGAGCAAGUGAAUUUACUUUGUGUUGUCCGAUGCACAGUCAAGAGCCCCUCAAACUCUUCUGUGAAACCUGUGAUGUUCUUACUUGCCGCAGCUGCCUUCUGACAGAACACAAGGAACACAGGUUCAAGCAUCUUGAAGAGGCCUUGCAAAAUCAGAGAGUUAUUCUGGAAAAUGUAACAGCAAAAGUGGAAGAGAAAAGAACUGGGAUUCAAGUCUCAGCAAAGCAGAUUGAAGACAGGCUAUUUGAAGUAAAACAUUUGCACAAAAAAGUAGAAAAUCAGAUCAAAAUGGCCAAGAUGGUUGUGAUGAAUGAAAUCAAUAAGCGAACAAAUUCCCUUCUAGAACAACUUGAGAGAAUCACAAGUGAAAGGAAGCAGAAACUGGAGCAGCAACUUCAAGGCAUCGUUGUUUUAAACCGGCAGUUUGAACAUGUGCAAAAUUUUAUCAACUGGGCUGUAUGUAGUAAAAACAACAUUCCAUUUCUCUUCAGUAAGGAACUGAUUGUGUUUCAGAUACAGCGUUUACUAGAGACAAAUUGUAGCACAGAUGUAGGCCCUCCUUUGAAGAUCAGAUUCACUUGGGACCCUUCCUUCUGGACUAAACAACUUUCCAAUUUAGGAGGUUUAACUUUGGAAGGUGGACACAUCUCUCAUUCAGAUGUCCUAGCCUAUGGGAGUGCUCAGGGAUUACACACCCCAUUGUAUCAUGGACAUCAUUCACCAGCGCCACAGCUCGAGCCUAUCAGUAAUCAUUCACAUCAGUUUCCAGUCCCUGUUCAGUGCCCUACACCAGUAUGUUGCUCACAUUGCCUCAAUGUACCUCACAUGAAUAAAGGUCCACUUCCACAUCAAAGCAUGAACCAUCACCAGAAUUUUAGACAACUUCCUGAAAUGCAGUCGCAGCAGCAUUUUCCACUGCAAUACAAUAUACAGCAACAUGAAAAAGAGCAGAGGUGUACUUCACAGUCUUUGAAAAUCAUGCAGUCUGAUCUAGAGCAACAGUCCCAGCCAGAGCCAGAGAACAUAUCUGUACGGAUGGGAAAGCACUUGCAGGUACAGCAGCUGCAGCAGACUACACCUUCAGUUUAUACCAUUCCACCACAAGAUGUCCAGCAAAUUCACACCAGCCAUGCACAGCAGUUGCACAGCCAGCCUAGUCUGCAAACUCCAGCUGUUCAAGUGCAACUUGGUCAUCCCCAGAAGCUGAAACUUAACCACUUGCAGCAGUCACAACAGCAGCAGCAGCAGCCACCGCCACCACCACCACCACCACCACAACCAUCCCCUAGUUCAAGUCAGAAAGAAAGCAGCCAUGAACAAGUCAUACAGCAGAGUUUGGAUAUCAUGCACCACCAGUUUGAACUGGAAGAGAUGAAAAAAGAUUUGGAGCUUCUUCUCCAGGCUCAAGGACAACCAAGUUUGCAGCUGAAUCAGACCAAACAGCCUCAGCAUGUUCAACAAACCAUUGUUGGACAGAUAAACUACAUAGUGAGGCAACCAGCCCCGGUUCAGCAGCAAAUCCAAGAUGAGGUGCAACAACGUUGUGAAGAUUCUGCUGAACUAGAUGGUCAAAAACCAGUGCUUCCACUCGAUAGAAACGUUAUGCCACCAGUGUUGCAACCAUCAUCUGAAGAAUUCAUUGCAGGCAGUCAUUCCCCAGAGAGCACCUUGCAACAUCCUUCUUUGAAUCCAGUGAGAAAGCGUUCAGCUUCCCUAAGCAUUGUGGGCUUUUCCAACACUUUAGAAAUGGAACUAUCUUCAACAAGGUUAACUAGGUCAGCUGAUCCACAGAUGCAAGGUGUAUCUGCAGUAACAUUCGGCCAAUCCCAAAGCAUGCCUCAUGCCUCUGAUAUUCAACCAGAACCUGUGCCUAGCUACAGUUUGGCAUCAGACAGAGCUAUAAAUGACCUAAGCCCUGGGACUACUAAUAACCUAGCAACAGGUGAUGUGCUCCUGGGGAAUGCUAAGUACAAGCUGGAAAAUGAAGAUUUCAGUACAACUAGUGACCCCCUUGGUAAUGACUCAGCCACUACCAGUCCCAGUACAAUUAAUGAAUUAGCUCUCCCUAUGCAAAAAAUGUUAGAAGAGCCUAUUAAUCUUUCAGUUAAGAAAUCUCAACAGUGUGCCUCUCCUUCUACACCAAUCAACAAUGCUCCUUGCCUGCUAUCAGCCAGUGUAAAACAACUUAGCAAUGAAAAAGAUUUCAGUAAUUGUGAACAGGAACAUUUUGAGAUGGAUGUGAAGAAUAAUCAGAACAUCAGUACUUAUGCUAAGGAGUUGAAGAUCCCCUAUGUGCGACUGGAACGUCUGAAAAUAUGUAUGUCAGAAUCUGGGGAGCUUCCAGUGUUCAAACUGCAGCCACAGAAGAGUGAGCAAGAUGGAACUUUUCUUCUCAUAAUUGAAUGUGGAACCCAGUCUUCCAGUAUGGCAAUAAAAGUCAAUCAAGAUAACCCAUCUGAAGGAAAGAUUCACAAACUGGGAGGCUCAGAAAAUAGGAAAAUCCCCAUCAAUCCCCCAUCAGGACAAGUACCAUCUCCUUUUGUAGAUAUCCGUCCCGUUGAUCAUAAGCUUAACAAUGGCAUUCCCAGCACAAGAAAACCUCCACUUCCUCAGGAAAUCAGUCCAAUUGAGAAUGAGGAUUUCUGUGCUGUCUGUCUGAAUGGAGGAGAGUUGUUGUGUUGCGACCACUGUCCCAAGGUCUUCCAUCUGUCAUGUCAUGUUCCAGCCCUGCUCAGCUUUCCAGUGGGAGAAUGGGUAUGCACACUCUGCUGUAAUCCAUUGAAACCAGAGGUGGAGUAUGACUGUGAAAACACACGUUACAGGCGCAUUAACAAAGCACUGCAUGGCCUGGAUGACUGUGAUCAGAAGAAGUGUGAAAAGUUGGUGCUUUUCCUGUUCUGCAGCAGUCUGAGCCUACCCUUCCACGAGCCUGUCAGUCCACUGGCUCGGCAUUACUAUCAGAUCAUUAAAAGGCCCAUGGACUUGUCAAUCAUCCGGAGAAAACUCCAAAAGAGGGAGAAAUCGCACUAUUCUGCACCUGAGCAGCUGGUAGCGGAUGUGCGUCUCAUGUUCUGGAAUUGUGCAAAGUUCAAUUAUCCAGAUUCAGAGGUUGCGGAGGCUGGACAAUGCCUGGAAGUCUUCUUUGAGGGCAAGCUGAAGGAGAUUUACCCAGAUAAGCACUUUCCUUUGAUGCAACAAGAAGACUCUGAUUCUGAAGAGGUAGAGAGUGAGCAUAACCAAAUGCCCCCCAAAGGGUUCCAGUGGCCAUCAUAUGGACAGGAUUGCAUUCAGCCUAAAAGGAGGCGGCGCCAUGCUGAAAGCGAAAAAACUAAACGAACGAUGUUUCAGCCAUCUAACAGCCUUCCUCAGGUGUGACCUGCUGGAGUUACCGGAUUUGCUCUGAGGAACCAAAUGUCCAGCAGAAUAAGUGACAGAUUUAAGAUGUGUGGGAGGAAAACAAAGCAAGCGUUCAGGCUGUUAACUUUAAUUCACAAAACCUACUGAUCACCUGCCUUAUUCCUAGAUGGUGUGGGUAGACUGAGGAAGCUAAACUUUGGAAAUUGUACCCAGUACUCUGUCUGACUAAUCAUGUGUAUGUUUGCAGUGCUUACACUGAAGUACUAAUGCUGUGGUGACAUGCAAUGAACAAUAAUAAUAAUAAUAAUAACAGUAAGAUUUUUGUAAUAUAUAGUACUGCUGAACCAUUUCAUAAUCUAUUUAAUAUGAUCCUCCAUUUUAUAGAGCACAGCUAACCAUGUAAUAAUCCUGCAAACUGAGAAGCAAAUGUUGCCUAAGUUGCAUAGCAAAUAUUGUUUGUGGUCACAAAAGAUUAAAUGUAUUCUGGCUCAGUGAUUUCUAAGGGAGCUAAGUGAGGCCUCUGCAACUUGGUUUAAUGCAAUUAUCUGGCUAGUUGUUUCUUUUGAAGGGGAGCGUUUUCCUGAAAUCACAAAGCAGCAAGUGCUAAUAUUGAAGGCUCUGUGAGAGUUAUUUCUGAGCAUAUAAUGUUCCUUUGCAAAGAAUCCCUGCACUGGUCUCUAACUUACUGCUCAGUAGAGCACUAAGGGAUUCCUAAAGCAUUAAAGGCAGCAUUUUUAUAAAAUCAGAAACCUAUUUUGUCCUGUAUAGGUUCUGGAGCUUACUGCAUUCAUGAUAAAGGAAUUGCAUGGUUAUAGAAGUGCCUAUAAAAUAAAGCAAUAUUUCCUUCAUUUUCUGUUUGGUUAUUCCUGGUAGCUGAGAGUUAAUAAUAGUGCCACAAGACAGUGAUAGUGUGGAUGUGCAGAAGCUCAAGCAGAAAUGAAAGGAUCUCUAAUUCUUUGUUUCCUUGAAUUACAUGAACCUUUGACAGAAUAACAUCUAGAGCCAGAUUGUAACCUUGCUGUUCACCUGUGUAAGGAACAGCAUGUUGCUGUACUGCCCCAAGAGCAGGGCAUGUACAGAGAGGUGAUUCACAGCCAGACAACCCCAAAUUAUUCUUUGCUUCAGAAGCACAAUGAGCCAGACAUUAUGUUGGCCAGUGCUUUGUCUAUGUGCAGGGAGAGUGACUCUUCUUUGCAUUUCUACCCACCUAUGUCAGCUUCGCUUUUAAUCUGGCCCCAAGAGAGGAGUGUUGUUGCAGAUCCUACGCACAAUUGAGUGCAUUCAGUUACAAUCAGUUUCCUGUAAAUAAAGAAGAUAUUUUCAGCACAGUUUAUAUAGGCUAUUUGGUCUGGAAACCAUGUAUGCUUCUUUAGACAACACUUUAAAGUAAAAGUUUAUCUACAUAAUACUUGGAUUUAAUGUUAUAAUCUGUUGUCUGUAUUGCUUAUUGUUUGCCAUUAACUCAGUAGUGAGAUGACAUUUUAUUUGCUUUGAAAUAAUGGAAUCUGCACUAUAAAAAUGGUGUGCUACAAGCUGAAUGAAAAGUUGAGAGAUGAGGAUGACAGAGGUAUAUGACAGUUUAUCUUUAGACAUGCUCUGUCUGCAUUAGCUGUAAAAGCAUCCUGUGAAUAAAGAUCCAUAUGCUUGUGCUUUUA